AACCUUGUGACAUUAUAAUGAUGGAAUGCUUAUUAAGGUAGUUUGGGUAUAAUAAGGUCUAAGGUACGAAGCCGGAAGUACUGGCAGGAUUGUCCUCCUGCUGCUGCUCAGCCGUCCAAGAAUGGCCGCUGCUGCAGCAGGGAUAACAAACAAGCAGGGCGCUGUGACGGCGAUGGAGCCCUGUAUCCGGCACGGGAGGGGAGCUGGUGGAAACGCGGUCAAGGUGCUGGAGUGUGGAGUCUGUGAGGACGUCUUUUCUCUCCAAGGUGACAAAGUCCCUCGCCUCUUGCUCUGUGGACACACGGUGUGUCAUGACUGCCUGACGCGGUUGCCCCUGCAUGGCAGAGCGGUUCGCUGCCCCUUCGACAGACAGGUCACCGAGCUGGGUGAUUCAGGAGUGUGGGGUCUAAAAAAGAACUUUGCACUUCUUGAGCUCUUGGAGCGACUCCAGAAUGGAGCCACCAACCAGUCAGGAAUGUCAGAAGAAGCCCUGAAAGGCAUGGGAGAAUGUAUAAUCCGGUGUGAUGAGGACGAGAGCCACACAGCCUCCAUGUACUGCACUGUGUGUGCCACCCACCUGUGUGCUGAGUGCUCCCAGCUCACCCACUCCACUCGCACACUGGCCAAACACCGCCGGGUGCCGCUGGCUGACAAGCCUCACGAGAAGACUUUGUGCCCACAGCAUCAGGUCCACGCCAUCGAGUUUGUCUGCCUAGAGGAGGCGUGCCAGUCUGGGCCUCUCAUGUGCUGUGUGUGUAAGGAGUACGGCAAGCACCAGGGACAUAAGCAUGCUGUUCUUGAGACUGAAGCCAAUCAGAUCCGUGCGUCUAUUUUGGACAUGGCCCACUGCAUCCGCACCUUCACAGAUGAGGUGUCGGAGUACUCCAGGAAGCUGGUGGGCAUCGUGCAGCAGAUAGAGGGUGGGGAGCAGAUAGUGGAGGAUGGAGUUGGCAUGGCACACACUGAACAUGUCCCCGGCACAGCAGAGAGUGCACGCUCCUGCGUCCGAGCUUAUUUUGCGGACCUCCACGAGACUUUGUGUCGGCAGGAGGAGAUGGCGCUGAGCGUGGUGGACGCUCAUGUCAGAGAGAGGCUGAUCUGGCUGAGGCAGCAGCAGGAGGACAUGACCAUCCUGCUGUCUCAGGUCUCCACAGCUUGCCUGCAUUGUGAGAAAACACUUCAGCAGGACGACUGCAGAGUUGUACUGGCAAAGCAGGAGAUCAGCUGUUUGCUGGAGACUCUUCAGAAGCAGCAGCACCAGUUCACUGAGCUGGCAGAUCACAUUCAGCUGGAUGCUGGCAUCCCUGUCACCUUCACCAAGGACAACAGAGUCCACAUCGGUCCAAAGAUGGAGAUUCGUGUGGUGACUCUUGGGCUGGAUGGAGCCGGAAAAACCACCAUUCUCUUUAAGCUGAAGCAAGAUGAGUUCAUGCAACCCAUCCCAACCAUUGGAUUUAAUGUGGAGACUGUUGAAUACAAGAACCUGAAAUUCACCAUCUGGGAUGUGGGUGGAAAACAUAAGCUCAGACCUCUCUGGAAACAUUAUUAUCUGAACACACAAGCUGUGGUGUUUGUGAUCGACAGCUGCCACAGAGACCGACUGAUGGAGGCUCACAGUGAGCUGGCCAAACUGCUGACAGAGAAGGAGCUCAGAGACGCUUUGCUGCUGAUCUUUGCAAACAAACAGGACGUUCCCGGUGCCGUGUCCGUAGAGGAGAUGACCGAGUUGCUGAGCCUUCACAAGCUAUGCUGCGGGAGGAGCUGGCACAUUCAGGGCUGCGACGCCCGCAGCGGGACGGGUCUUCACGAGGGCCUGGACUGGCUCUCCAGACAGCUGGUGGCUGCUGGUGUCCUGGAUGUAGCCUAAAUACCAAGCUCCCCUUUUAUUACACUAAACUGACUUACUGACUGAAACCAAACCCCAGACUGUGAGCUCUCACCAGUUCUCCUGCGACUAAGACUCAGCUUCAAGCCUUCAAGUCUUUACUUAUCUUUCUUUGUGCACCAACAUGGAAAAUAAAGACGCAAAUACUCUGUAUAGCCGCAGCUCUGCACAUUGAAACCUACAAACUCUUUAACUUAAGCGCAACUUGUUACAAAAACCUUGCAACCCAUCUUAGCAAAUCUAACCCAUGGAUUCUUUAAGUUAUGUGUGCUGUUUUUUUUUUAAAGUGUGUGAACCUAUUUAUGCCACAGCUGGUCUUGAAAUGGCACAUCAGUAGAGGUUUGGUUUGAAUGUCGUGUUUCUGUUACACAACAAAGUGUUUACUGAACUUAUUUAUGAGCAGGAAGUUGGAUGUUACUUCAGUACAAAGCACUUGUGACAUAUUUUUGCACAGAUUCUUCCUCAGUUUUUGUGGAGUGUCUUGCACGCAGAAUUUGAGACGCGCUCGUCAACUGCUUUACUACCAGCUUUCAUUCGGGGGCAAGUAAUCUAUCUGCUGUUUCUUAGGAGACUGAGUAUUAAACUCGCUACAAAACAGUCAUGUGACAAUAUUACCUAUUACAACAUCUCACAGUUUACCUGUCUGGAGUUCUUAUGUGAUGGUGCACCUUUUAAUCUAGAGCUAUUAGUAAUGUAACGUGAAUCUUUGUGAAACAUUAAACUCAACACUGACACUUGU